AUGACGAGGAAAACUCACGGUAAACCCACAGCAGCCACCGACGCCACAGCCAGCACGCCUCGGCCCCGCGGUGCUGUGGCCACGACCCGCACAGCUGUGGUGGCGGCGCGGGCAGCUGCCGCCCCGCACGCACCGCCUCGCCCGCCGCGGCUAAUCCCCGUAACGCGAGGCUCCGGGCGGGUGUUUGGAGCGCCAGUAGACUUUCUUGAGGGGCCUCUCGGACGACCCCAGCCCAGUAGUGACGCGGGCGGAUUUUAUUUAUACUGCCCCCCCUCUCCUGCAUUUGCCCCCCCUCUCCUGCAGCUGCACCCCUCCUGCAUUUUCCCCCCUCUCCGGCAACUGCCCCCCCUCCUGCAGCUGCCCCCCCUCUCCUGCAGCUGCCCCCCCUCUCCUGCAACUGCCCCCCCUCCUGCAGCUGCCCCCUCCUGCAGCUGCCCCCUCUCCUGCAUCUGCCCCCUCUCCUGCAACUGCCCCCUCCUGCAACUGCCCACCCCUUCUGCAACUGUCCCCCUCCUGCAUUUGCCCCCUCCUGCACCUGCCCCCCAUUCUGCAGCUGCCCCUCUCCUGCAGCUGCCCUCCUGCAGCUGCCCCCUCUCCUGCAGCUGCCCCCUCCUGCAGUUGCCCCCUCCUGCAGCUGCCCCCUCCUGCAGCUGCCCCCUCCUGCAGUUGCCCCCUCCUGCAGUUACCCCCUCCUGCAGACGCCCCCCCUGCUGCAGCUCCUCCCCCCCCUUCCACUUGCACACAUCCCUCCCGUCGUAA